GAGCAUCGCCUUCAGUGAGUGGACAUACUUUCAUCUUUUGCUGUAGACACGUCGCACGUCGAAGGCAUCUUGUGAAUUUCGGACAUCACUGUCAACAAUUUUUAAUUUUUCCUGAACACUUAAUAACUCAAGAACCUCAAUAUGCGUGAAUGUAUCUCUAUCCACGUCGGCCAAGCCGGAGUCCAAAUCGGUAAUGCCUGCUGGGAGUUGUACUGCCUUGAGCACGGCAUCCAGCCUGAUGGUCAGAUGCCCUCAGACAAGACCAUCGGAGGUGGUGAUGACUCCUUCAACACCUUCUUCAGUGAGACUGGGGCUGGCAAGCACGUCCCCCGUGCCGUAUUCGUCGAUCUCGAGCCAACCGUAGUCGAUGAGGUUCGUACUGGUACCUACCGUCAGCUCUUCCACCCUGAGCAGCUGAUCACUGGCAAGGAGGAUGCUGCCAACAACUACGCCCGUGGACACUACACCGUCGGAAAGGAACUGAUCGAUAUUGUCCUCGACAGGAUCAGGAAGCUGGCAGACCAGUGCACAGGUCUCCAGGGAUUCCUCAUCUUCCACAGUUUCGGUGGUGGCACCGGAUCCGGCUUCACCUCUCUGUUGAUGGAACGCCUUUCCGUCGACUAUGGAAAGAAGUCCAAGCUCGAGUUUGCCAUCUAUCCCGCUCCCCAGAUCUCUACUGCCGUCGUCGAGCCAUACAACUCCAUCCUGACCACCCAUACCACCCUCGAGCACUCCGACUGUGCCUUCAUGGUCGACAACGAGGCCAUCUACGAUAUCUGUCGUCGUAAUCUCGAUAUUGAGCGACCUACAUACACCAACCUGAACCGUCUCGUCGGUCAGAUUGUUUCAUCAAUCACUGCAUCUCUUCGUUUUGACGGCGCCCUCAACGUCGAUCUGACCGAGUUCCAGACCAACUUGGUGCCCUACCCACGUAUUCACUUUCCUCUUGCCGUCUAUGCCCCGGUCAUCUCUGCUGAAAAGGCCUACCACGAGCAGUUGACCGUUGCAGAGAUCACCAACGCCUGUUUCGAGCCCGCCAACCAGAUGGUGAAGUGUGACCCUCGUCAUGGGAAAUAUAUGGCAUGCUGUCUCCUGUACCGUGGUGAUGUCGUCCCCAAGGAUGUCAACGCCGCCAUUGCUACCAUUAAGACCAAACGUACCAUCCAGUUCGUCGACUGGUGUCCAACUGGCUUCAAGGUCGGUAUCAACUACCAGCCACCCACUGUCGUCCCUGGUGGUGAUCUCGCCAAGGUUCAACGUGCCGUCUGCAUGUUGAGCAACACCACCGCCAUCGCCGAGGCCUGGGCCCGCCUCGACCACAAGUUCGAUCUGAUGUACGCCAAGCGCGCCUUCGUCCAUUGGUACGUCGGAGAGGGUAUGGAGGAAGGAGAGUUCUCUGAGGCUCGUGAGGAUUUGGCUGCUCUCGAGAAGGACUACGAAGAAGUUGGAACUGAUUCCGUCGAAGGGGAAGGAGAGGAGGAAGAGGGCGACGAAUAUUAGCUUGCCGUUAAACCCUAAAUCAUGGAUUUGGUUUGAGCAAGUAUCGUUUUCAUCUAAAACAGUAUCUACCUAAUUCCUCGAGCUUUCCCAUGUGGGAGGGAAAAUAUGAUUCCCAUUUUAGUAUUUGAAAUAAAUGUCUACCUUUGACAUAACUCUUGGCAAAAAGGA